GGAGUCGCCAGAAAAUGGCCGACCAUGGCGACUGGAGGGAGGAGCCUGGAUGGGACUCUGAGCGGGCAGCGCAGAGGCCUCCGGCUCAGGCGAGCUUCUUGCUGCAGCCGCCGCGCCCCUGCGAGGCCUACCGCGCUGAAUGGAAGCUCUGCCGUAGCGCCCGGCACUUCCUGCACCACUACUACGUCCACGGCGAGCGGCCAGCCUGCGAGCAGUGGCGGCGCGACCUGGCCAGCUGCCGAGAGUGGGAGGAGCACCGGAGCGCGGAGGCCCAGCGGUCCCUCUGUGAGAGUGAGCGUGCGAGAGUCCAGGCUGCACGGAAACACACGCUGGUGUGGGCCCUGAGGCAGAGCCCUCCUGCAGACUGGCACCUCCCUCUGCCACAGGAGGAGAAAGACCAGUGAUGAGCACUCCCGAAUGGCUUCUCGAUCUGUGUCAAGUGGGGCUGUCGCAAGACCCUAAGGACAGUGACUGGCCAGAGGGUCUAGUGGAUCCCUGAGAGCUUCCACUGCUUAGAACACAAGAGCCUGAGGUCUCCAGCUCUACUUGCCACCCUCACCUGCAUUCAGAGUGCCCUGCCGCUGCCGUUCUCUGAAAGUGUCACCGACUGCACCGCUUCCAGGAUGCCGGACCCCAAUGCCAAUCCUGGUGAGCAACUGGCUCAGGCUGGUUCAUGUUCCUCUUUGGGGACAGGAGCAUUCUCAGGUAAACUCUUGAGUGGUAGGCAUGACCCAAGUGGUCAUGUAUGGGGAUCAGAAUGAGGCAGCUAAAUGGUUGUGCUGUGGUGAAUGCACUUCUUGGUCCUGGCCUGGUGAAACUGCAUUGCCAGCCUCUGGUGCUUACACAGAGCUGCAGCCCACUCACUCAGUUCCUCUGCAGACACAGGUGGGGUGUUUCUCCUCCUAGGCCUCUUGAAGACUUUGGCUUUUAAGAAACGCAGAGGUACAGAAUACACAAGCUUGCGUUAAAAGGGUUCAUAGACUCCUGGCUAAGAAACCCAAGGCCAAGACACUUGGAAUUUUGGUCUCUUUCCUUCAAAAUAUCCCUUGGUCAUUUUUAGAAAAUGUAUAUCAAAAGCCAUUUCAUACUUUUGAUUUCAAACAAAAGCUGAACAUUAAAUCCGCAAUUUAAUAGUUGAGAUUGUUAGAUUUACCACCUGACGCUGUUGUACUGGGAGAGUUUUGGAAUUUUGUGUGCUUAUACUCUUGUAAAUGUUUUUAAAAUGUAUGCAUAUGAACCAACAAUUCUAAUUCUUGAAGAGGUCUUUUUAUUACUGAUGAUAACAGUUUCCCAUCUUGUGGCUGCAGAGCAGGCCCCAUUGUAUGGUGCUGAGGGUGAGGCUCGCUGUGUGCCCAGCACUCUCCCUGCUCCUUCCUGGCCAGUGGGGCCCACUGCAUUUUAGUACCUCCCUCACGACUGGGCCCCUACCUGGCCAGGAAGGACAUCUUUUAACUCUGACAUCUUUUAACACAUUCUUUGGGGCAAAAUAAUCCCAUCACCUCAGAAAGGCAUACAUUAAAGAACAAACUUUGCCUUUUCAUGUGCAUUUCCUCCUAUGCUACGCCAAGAGUCCCUGUGAUUGCAUGUACGUGUAAAUGUUGGGGGAUCUGCACACAGGUCCCCAGUGGUUCUUCCUUGUGACUGUGUGCCUGGGAGUGGCAAGGGGUUUGCACAUAGGUCCCAGGAGCCUCUCCCUGUGUGUUUGUACCUGUGAGGUGAUGUGGGGUGGGGGAUGUGCACAUAGGACCCCAAUAGCUCCUUCCUAUGUGUGUAUGUACCUGUUGAUUGGUGGGGAUGUGUGCACAUAGGAGCCCAGGAGCAGAGGUAAGUAUAAACAAGAGCCCAUCCCAGGAUGGGUGUCUUCAUGUCUGAGUCAACCAGAGUAUGUUUUUUGUGGCUGUGGUUACUUUCUGGAGCAUUUCAGGCCAAGGAGAGAGGGAAGGCUGCUGGGGAUCUACAGGCAUUCUCUGAAACACAGGAAGGGACAUUUGAAUUUUGCUAUUUGCCUAUGAUCCUUUGGGGUUCCUGGAGUGGGGCUGCGGUAGCAGCCAGCAGUCCUGAGGGGCUUAUCUCAAGGAAUCCCACGGUCUCUGUGCUUCUUUAGGGCCAGGGGCUGCCUGCCACAGACUGUUCUGUUAGGAAGUAGGAAGUCUUAUUCCUUCUCUGCUACUCAGUGAGUUCCACAUUGACAGAUAAUCAUCAUUGCACAGAUGUUCCUACAUCUGCUCUUGUGUUCACCCUUCACAACAUCUGAGCACCUGCUACAUGCCAGGGCCAGGAGGGCUCUGAGGCUCUAGGAUUGCAGUCUUGAAAUGGGCAAGUGACUUCAAAGAGUUACAUUUAGUUAUCAUUAAGUCUAAAAUUAAGUGCUGUGAAGAAACAGCAGUAUCUUAAAUUUCUUGCAUGAAAUCUAUAAUAAAGGUCUUAUGAUCUGUACAUACUUUAUAUACUGCAUAUAUGGUUGAACCAAGUUUCACAAAACAUGGUCCUUAUAUAGUGUGUGGUACAGUGACAUUUUCAGUUCUGUGCCACUGAAAAUAAACUGCUGCACAUGCAGCAACUUGGGUGGGUGAAACUCGGGGAAACUAUGUGUGGAGUUAAAUGGAUACAUAUGAUAGUUCCAUUUAUGUAACAUUGGUGAGAUGAUGUAAUUAUAGAUGGAGAAUGGUUACUGCUGCCAAGGGUGAGGGAUGGGAGGAGGGUGUGGAUGUGGCUAUUAAGGGACACACAGGGCAUCCUGUGGUAAUGGAACUUUGACUUACAAAGAGCUAAAUGUGUGAUGAAAUUUUGUAGUGCUAACCAUACACACAGAGGAGUGAAGACAUAGUGGGAAACCUAAAUAUACUUUAGGCUGUACCUCUGUUAGUCUCUGUGUACUGACACUACCUGGUGUGUAGGAUGUUAACACUUGUGGAGGCUCGGAGACCCACACACAGUCCCUCCCUGCAUCUUUAUUUCCAACCUCCUGUGAAUCUGUAACUACUUCAAAAUAAAAAGUUAAGACUGUU